CCGGCGAUGCAAUUGGGCGCUGGAUGCUAUCAGGCGCCCCCAUCCAGGCAUCCACGGUGGCGUGGGCAAGUGAAAGCGGUCGCAGUAUGAUGCGACCCAUUUCCUCUCCUGGAACCAGACCUCUCGACUUCCCGUGCUCCCGUUAUCUCCUUGGCCAACGCCGCGCCUUGCAUCCGCCCUCCGGCUAUGGAUUUCUGCCUGCCCGCAGCGGCAUACGUUCCAGGUUCUGGAAGUAGCAUUCGUGUCAGGAGAUGUAUGUCAAACAAGAAGAAUCGUGAAAUUUGUGAGACUAAAAAUAUACUCUGUUUGGCUUCAAAGAGACGUGGUUUUGGGACUGAACCUAUGAAGAAAGAAAAGAAUAAUGAUACGAAGAAAUUGAAGGAGAGCAUGCCUUCUUCAUCAGAAUCAAGCAAAUCAUUUUCUGGAAAGCCUAAAUCGAGAAUUCAGCGGGCACCUCAAUUAACUAGUGGUAUGGAUCUAAAAUCAAGUGAUGCAGUCUUUGAUCGGCAAUUCUUGGAGAAAGUGGAGACUGUCAGAAGGUCUGCACUUGAGCAGAAAAAAGCUGAGGAGGACAAACUUAAUCAAGCAAUAGAUUAUGAUGCACCUAUUGAAUCAGAACAGAAUACAAUUGGUCUUGGUACCAAGUUGGGAGUUGGAGCAGCUGUUCUGGUUUUUGGUUUGGUUUUUGCUUUCGGGGACUUUCUUCCAUAUGGAAGUGUUGGCCCUAGUGAGGAUGCUCCUGUAGUUGAGAAAAAACUUACAGAAAAACAGAAAGCAACACUUGAGACAAAACUUCAAGAAUACGAGGCAAUGCUUGGCAAGUCACCGGAAGAUCCUACCGCUCUCGAAGGAGCCACAGUGACAUUGGUAGAACUAGGAAAAUAUGAACGAGCAUCAUCGCUUCUUGAUAAGCUGACCAAGGAAAGGCCUAAUAAUGCUGAUGCAUAUCGUUUACUAGGGGAAGUGAAAUAUGAACUCAAGGAUUAUGAAGGGAGUGCUUCAGCGUACAGGAGCUCAUUAUCUCAGGCCUCUAAUGGUAUUGAUUUCGAAGUUCUUCGUGGGCUCACAAAUUCAUUGCUUGCUGCUAAAAGACCUAAUGAGGCAGUUCAGAUACUUUUAUCAUCCCGGGAACAAUUGAAUAGAGAAAGCUUUAAAGGAUCUGAUAUUUCUGUGGAUGCAAAUGGUAACCUGGAAAAGAAAACACAGAAGAUUGAUCCAAUCCAAGUUGACUUGCUUCUGGGAAAAGCUUAUUCUGAUUGGGGUCAUAUAAGUGAUGCUGUGGCUGUUUAUGAUCAACUCAUCUCUGAGCAUCCGAAUGACUUCCGAGGUUACUUGGCAAAGGGGAUCAUAUUGAAAGAAAAUGGUAAAGUUGGAGAUGCCGAAAGGAUGUUUAUUCAAGCAAGGUUCUUUGCACCAGACAAUGCAAAGGCACUUGUUGAUCAAUAUUCAAGAAAAUGAUGGAUUAUAAAGCCUCUUAUUCCACAAGAUGGACAAAGGCAUGCAUGCUAGUCGAGGCUCUGUCUGUGUCAUGACUGCAUGGUUUCAUCACUGCCUAAGCACCAUCUCGGACAGCAUCAAGUACAGUAUCUUAUGGCUCUCUCUGUUUGGUAGGUGUAAUUUCAUGGAAUCAAUGGUUGUAUAGGAAAAUGGAACAGGUUAAUAUCAGAAGCAAGAGGCCAAUUUACAAAGCUUAAUUGAAAAUCAGAAUUGUUUUCUGAAUGGAUAUGGAGUUGAUUUCUGAAGGGAUGUGAAAAAUGCUCUUGCGGUACAUUCAGUCACCUGCCAAAUGAUUGUAAAAUAUGUACUUUCUUAUUGCUGGAUGUGCUAGUAAUGAUGUAUGCCUCUUUCAUUCCAUGUAGUAAGAUUUUUUUAGUUAUUCUAUUUUGUGCAUUUUAUCUGAAAUCACAGGUUCAAUGUAUCAUAUGGACAUGUUUUCUAAGAAAUCUACAUCCUUGUGAGGCUUCUCCUCAA